AUGAGUUUCAUAUCUGUAUACGCUGUCAAAGCAGUGGACACCUCUGAUAUUUACGACGUAGUGGAUUAUUUGAAAGCCAAUCUACGAUGGAUUGUUAAGGAAACGGAUGGAACAGUGGUACCAACGGAACCGGUUUCAAGCCUCCUCAUCACCGUACAAGAUGAGAUUUUUACCCAUCUAGCAAUCGAGACGGAACUACCUGUUUAUGGAACAAAAACUUUUCACACUGGUACAACGAGCGGAAAGGCAGGUAGCGCAAGCUCCUAA